GGCUGUUGUUGCUGUUAAGAUAUUGCAUUCCGAAUCGAGUGAAGAGAGAGUUCGAUUUCUUCAAGAGGGCGUCAUCAUGGGACAGUUCCAACAUAAGCAUAUCGUGUCUCUUUGUGGAGUCGUUCUCGAAGGACAACCAAUCAUGGCAGUGUUGGAGUACAUGGCAAACGGGGAUGUCAGACAAUACUUGCAGUUCAUUCGACACAAUGGUCUCGAUCAAUUUGACAAUCUGGCAAGUCGUCUGCUAAACAUGGCAAGAGAGAUCGCAGAAGGCAUGAAGUACUUAUCAAAAAAGUGUUUCAUUCACAGAGAUCUAGCGGCACGAAACGUCAUGUUAGAUGAUCAGUUGACUUGCAAGAUUGGUGACUUUGGAAUGUCACGUGACCUUGCGGAAGACACGUACUACAUUACUCACGGUGGAAAGAUACCGAUCCGAUGGACAGCACCAGAGGCUGUAGUUUAUAAGAAAUAUUCGACGGCCAGCGACGUGUGGAGUUAUGGUAUCGUGUUGUACGAGAUGUGGACGAUUGGAGAAAAGCCAUACGGGUAUUCUUGGUCAAACAAUGACGUCAUCGAAAUGCUAGAGAAAGGCUACCGAUUGUCGCCUCCCCCGGGAUGCUCGCGUCCCGUAUACGAACUAAUGAUUUCGUGUUGGCAUCCCGACCAUCACCAACGACCGAGUUUUCAUGACGUCACAGUACGACUUGCUGCAUCAAACGAUGGUCUGUUGUCUAAUAGAGCGACGUCGGAACCUAUUCGAGGUUGUCUUGGUGACUGUCUUGAUGAUGCAGCAGGGACGUACUUAGAUUUGCAGGAAACGUAUUCGAAGGUCAAAUAAUUUCGAGCGACUCGAGUUGACUGGACAAGCAGCUAGAGCUGUAACAAUACUAGAGUAUCAAUUUGAUGUUCCAUACGUAACUAUCAUUACUACAUGUAUGUGUGGGUAGUAAUCAGUAGUGAUUGGAGAUUGUACUGCCAUAGUAUGGUGGGUAGGUCUAGAUAGCCGCUUCACCAGACUCACG